AAAUACCUCUGAAAUAAAAUGUCAAACUAGAUGUUUAUUUUCGUUUACAAAAAGUUAGUCUAAAUCUUAGCUUAAAUGUCUUACGCGGAUUAUCCUAUACUUUUUAAAUUACUAGUUCGACGGUUCAAUUAAUUAAAUGCCGUAGCAAUGUCCUCCGGAGACGCGGGGGUCCAGCAGGACCCUGCCCAUAUUGCGGACGUCGACGUCGACGAAACCACUAAAGGAGAUGGCUCUGAGCGCGAUCUGGCGACUGAUUCUGGACUGGAGGCUAACUCCUCAGGAUUGACAGAGGAUGUGACUUCUUUCGAGUUAGCUACCUCAGUCAGGGAGCUAAAAAAUAAAGAUGAAAAAGGCGAGACAAAAGUGGUGGUGGAUGUAACUGACACCGGAGUUUCGUCUCCUAUUUCAUCCUCUGGUGCUAGCUCUCCUGGUGCUAAUACGUCUGACAACGUAUCCAACUUUGAAGAGCUCUCAGCCAGCCCGCAUGACAAUUUAAAUAACGCGGAUGAGCUAACAGCUCACAAAUUAUCAGUAAUGUCGCAAAAGGAUAAUUUAGAUACUCAAAUUACCAUGGAUAACAAUACAAAUAGUGCUUCUAAUGAUUCUUUAAACAAUCAAAAUCUUGACACAAAUAAGAACUUAGCGACAUCAACAGUAAGUUUGAAUGACACAAUAGAAACUAAUGUAACAAUAAACAAGUCACCGUUCAGUCGGAGCGCAGAAAACAUAUCGGUUGACAUUAAAAUGGACCAAAGUGUAAAUAAGGAUGCAGUUUUGUCCCAGUUCAAAAGCAAGAAGACUAAAGUUAGCGCUACACAGGCAAUCCCAGACACAAACACUAAUACAAACCUAGAUGUACGAUACACACGGUUACCUAAAGAACUACUGUCACAAGAUCUUGGCAGUAUCGUUAAGAAUGUCCAUGGCAUCUUCUCAUCAGUAAGCGGCAGUUUGAAGAACGCAUACACACAUCGAGCAGGCCAUAUACCGUACAUGAAAACUGUAAAACCGAUGCCGAACGGGAAAGUAAUGAAUGAUUUAUUCGAAGAUGAACAGCAUGAUGAGAUUACGAACGGGAUAGAGAACAUCAAAGUGGAGAUUUCUAAUGAGACUGAGAUGGUAAAUACGAAUUUAGAAGAUGACAUAAAGGGAGAUGUGUUAAGGCUACAGAUAGAGUCCUUGGAGCGAGUGUUAGCAGAGCAGAGGAAAGAGAACACGGCGCUGAGGGAGACGGUGAAACAGCAGGCAGAUAAGCUGACGGAGAGAGACCAGACUUUUAGAGAGUUGGAGACUAAAAUGGAUUUGAUGUCAAAAUGCGUAGAGCAUGCAGAGCGUGAAAAGGACGCAGCCGUGAUGCGCUACGCGAGCGUCGAGCGAGCCGCUAUCGAAGCCCGCAAGAUGGCGGAGCAGGGGGCGGUGAAGGAGCGCGCGGCGACCGCGGAGGCCGAGCUGGCGGCCGGGAAGCUGAGGGCCGCCAGGGAGGACAAACUGCGCGUCUGCCAGAUGUAUGACGACAAGUGCCACGAGCUUGCAAACAGCGAGCGUGAGCUGGCGAAGGUUCGAGAGGAGGUGAGGGAGUUGGAGGGGCGGCUCAAGUGGACGCAGAGCAAACUACGCAUGGAGAUGGACGCCUACAAGGACAGCGCAGAGCGUGUGGAGAAGCUUACGGCACAUGUGUCCGAGCUGGAGGCGGCCGCGGCCGGCGCCUGCGACUCGCACGCCGCUAAACAGAUGGAGUCCGAAUUGAAGGAAAGUAUGGCCGCUCUGAUCCUGUGUCGGCACGAGCGGGAGUCAUUAGAGCGGCGUCUCGCUCACACCACACAACAACUCGACAGUACCGUGAAAGAGCGAGAUGUGGCUGUGGCUAGUAACACCAGUAACUUAGCUGAGAUCGAGAGGCUGAAAGCGCACAACGCGUGGCUGGAGGAGGAGGCGGCGGAGCUAGCGGCACUGCGCGCGCAGGCCGCGCUCGCGGACACGCUCAGCGCCCAACUGCACAGAGAGACCGACCGCGCCGCCGCCGCGGAGGAGGCGCUCGGGCGCGAGCGCGCGCGCGCCGGCACGUGCGCGCGCCGCGAGGCCGCCGCGCUCGAGCACGCCGCCAGGCUCACGGCGCAGCAUGUCGCCAUACAGCAGCAGAGGCAGCACACCGACGAUCAGGCCUCUGCAUUAAGUGCAGAUAACGCUGCGCUUCGCGAACGCAUCUCAGAGCUUGAAGUUGAAGUGGUUAAACUGCAGACUUCACUCGCAGAAGAAGCAGAAAGGAGACACAAGGAGAGCCGGGUGCUCGCGAGAAAGGUGGCGGAGUUGCAGGAGGAGGCGGCGGAGGCGGCCAAACAGCUGGAGUGGGAGAAGGGCGAGAACGGCGUGUUGAAAAAGAAACACGCCAGCCAGGUCAAGGAGCUGAACCGCGAGCUGGCGCGCGCGUUGAAGCGCGUGGAGGCGCUGGAGGCCAAGCGGCCGCCCACGCAGCCCUACACACGCACCGGGUCGGUGACGUCGCUGAGCAGCGGCGAGAGCGCCACGCACGAGGACAGCGGCCGCUUCAACGGACACAUAGAGGGGACGGUGCCGGACGUACAGAUUAAAAAUCCGAAUAUGCUCAAUAAAAUACUGAAUAAGGUGCGAGAACCAGACCGGCAGGCGUUGGUGGAGCGCAUCGUAUCUCUGCAACGUGCGGCCGCGAGACGCGCCGAGCGCUGCGAGUUCCUUGAGGAGCACGCGAGGCAGCUGACGGACGAGCUGCGGGGGAAGUCUCGCCUGCUACGGCAUCUGCUGCCCAAUCUGCCGGCGCAGGCGCUCGCCUCCACCGCCAGCGACUCCAGCAAGAAAGAGAUAGCGAAGUUCGGCGGCGGCGCGAUGGCGGCGCUGUGGGGCGGCGACCCCGGCGGGCUGUCGCUCGAACUGUCGCUGGAGAUGAACAAGCGCCUCCAGAGCGUUCUAGAAGACACCUUACUGAAGAACAUCACACUCAAGGAAAACAUGGACACACUGGGAGAAGAGAUUGCGCGGCUAAAAGCUCAGAAGAACACUAACACUAAAUAACUUCCGAAAUUAUCCUAAAACUACUCUUUAAAAUUGUGUGGGAAGUUAGAGUUAGACCAAGAUAAGUCUGCAACGAUUUUGAUGGCAUACAUAAUUUCUUAGAAGUUUGACGUUUAAAAUAACACCGAAAAUAUGGAUGGUAUAGAAAGGAUGCCAAUCUCUUAUGGCAGAAUUGUUGCAAAAGUGACCGCUUUCAGCUUUAAAUAAUAGUUCCUAAUCUCUCCGGUGGCGCUAGUUAGGCUCUGGGACACGAGUAUAACAUGAACCAACAAAUAACCCGACCAAAUUACGUAGGUUGUUUUUGGUAGUAUUUCGGUGUAUGGUGGCGCCGCCUAAUUACUGUUUUUUGAUGGACACUUUUCAUACAUAGAGAUUUGGCUCCUUUAUAUAGUCUCCAUGACCGAAAAGAACCACACUAGAUAGGUCUGACUGUCAACUUCUUUCCGCCCUAUAAUUAUGGAUAAAUCAAAUUAUGGUUAUAAAUUAUAAUAUACUGAUAUAAAAUAAAUGUAUAUGUAAUAUAAUAUCCAAAAUUGUAGUUAGGAUUAUUUCAAGUAUAAGAAAAAUAUGUGCCCCAGUAUCUGACAGCGGAACUAGAUGGCGUUAUACCGCGCUUUGGCAGUUAGAAUACUUAGAAUGUACGGGGCACGACAGUGACAUCUGAUUUAGCUGUCAAAUGGGGUAGGCAACUGUCAAAGGUUUGCAGAGAUGGCGCCAUCAUAGCUUGCCCCUUUUUUAUGAGAUUUGGCUUAAAGGGCUGGCAUUCAAGGCAUUAAAAAAACAAAAAUUUGACACAAUCUGCUAAAUAUUUCGACCGGCCAACCCCAUUAAAACACGCCACGCAUUACGACAUCUGUCACCCCCAUACAAUUUGUUACCUUAAAACUUAAAAAGAUAUUGAGGUGACGGCUGUCACUGUACCCAUGCUAUUUGAAAAAUACUAUUGAUGAAUAUAUCUCUUGUACUAUUCAUAAUUCUUUGGUUAAAAACUACGGUACUUACCAUUGCUUUAAAUGUACUUGUAUUUAUUUUUAAUGGGAAAAAGGACUUCAUGUUAUUUAUUUGCAUUUAUUUGAUUGUAUUGUAUAUAAUAUGUGACGUUUUCAACCAAAAGGUACCACAUUGUCGCUUGUUGAUAAGGUUAAUUUCUAAUUGAAGCUAUAUGGAAAUAGCGCCUGACUGACAAGCGACAAUAAGUACCCUUUUGGUUGAAAAUGGCACAUUUAUUUCCGCCUUAACAUUAUUAAUAAUGAUAACAUUCGAACAAAAUUACGUAAUUAAUAAGUAAAAAUUAAGUAUUUAUCAGUAUUGCUUUAUAUUUGACAAUGUUUGCGUAUUUCUAAUGACUCUGUUUUCUGAAACUAACACGGAACUUAAUCGCGUACAAACUUACGUUUAUUUAUGGCCUGACGUUUCGAACGUGACGUUACGUUCGUGGUCACAGGCAGACUGGCGAGGAAUUGUAUCAACAUCUACUUGCCGCGCGGGUUUUGCGAACUACCCGCACUUGAUCUUGAUUAUUAACUUGUACGCUAGGGUUGUCACUUUGCCUACACACAACACUCACGACAUCCGAUGGAAUGUUUCGGGAUGUUUUUUCCCCCUUACAUUUGCUAAUCACUGGAUUCCACGAAGACGAAAUCCCCUGUCCCUCAUUUUGAUUGAAAUUUCGAUGUUUUCUGAUUUCAAUUGCUUCACGUACCUUCCUGCUGUAGUAAAGACCAAAGAUAGAUAUAACUCCGUAAUAGAUGGAUACAGUCUAAGGAAAAAACGUGCCUCGAAAAUCAAGAAAAUUUGAUUCUCGUUCAGAGGGCGCUACUAGUUUUGGCCUACAGUCGUAUAGAUGGCGUUGACGGUUUCGUUUGUUAUUUUACAAUUUUAACGCAUAUCAGUGAAAGAACAUGGGUCAAAAUCAUAAAAAUAAUUAAUGCAAAUAAAACAAAUCAUUUACCCAUAUUUAAAUACAUUUUAUCGUAUUUUUAUAAAUCUUCAUUUUUAGUUUUAAAGUGUGUCGACAGAUGGCAGUGAAUUUACUGGGGUUACAAAAUUUACUAUGACAGUACCGCUCUAGUAUAAGUUACUCUAUGUAAAGACGGUCCGUUGAGAGGACUUUGGGAUUAUGGAGCUCAAUCCAGUGGUUUGGUCCCGACUGUAGCAAAUGUUCGGCUACCGCAGACCCUUUCCGCUAUAGUGCGUUUGGUUUCCCUAAUAUAGGAACUGCAGUGUCGCGAUUAGCGGUGGUGUCGCACACUGCUAGAGUUCAAGCAGUGAAGUUGUUCAACAAGUUGCCUAUCGAGUUUAAAUCUAUGACAUGUCACAAGAAAUUCAAAGCGAAACUUAAAUUAUUUCUGUUGGCAAAAAAAUAUUACAGCGUUGACGAGUUUUAACUUUUAUUAUUUGACUUUUAAUCAUGAUUCGACUAUUGGCUACCUAUUUAUUUUUGACAUAUUGUAUUAUUUUGACAUUUUGUAUAUUUAUUUAUUUUAAACUUUAUUGCACAAUAUAACAAAUAAAGUACAAAUGGCGGACUUAAUGCCUAAAGGCAUUCUCUACCAGUCAACCACCAGGCUAAACAGAAACAGUGAUAGGUGCAGGCAUUGAACAAAAAAAAAGCAGAAUAGGUAACUUAAAACAAAAAAUAUAGCGAUAAAUAAUACACACUACCGAAAAUAAACUUACAUAUACCUAUACAUACUAUAUAUACUAUAAUUAAAUAAACUUACAUAUAUAUUACUUCAUUUUAUGUACCCAGUGCAAAUAAUACUAUGCCUACGAUGGACAACUAACCAGUGAGCUUGUCGAAAAAAUUAAUGUAUAAUUGUAAAUGAAAUUAUUUAAUUGUAAAUUAUUAGUAAAUAUUGCAUGUUUUAUUUAAUAAUGUAAACAUUCAAACACAAUGUAUUAUUGUAUAUGAAUAAAUGAAAUAUCACAGCUGCAUUCAAUCUUAUAAACGCCAGGUGUUUGAUAAGUGAAUUAUGAGUGAAAUUUAAUUGAGUCCCGUGUUUGUUUUAAAAUUAUGAGUGAAUAUCGUGUUAGUUUAAAUCAGUAUAUUGAAACUGUUUUCGUUUGACAUAUAGUGCAACUGUGUGUGUCAUAUGAUGAAAUAUUGUAAUCUAUUGCUUUGUAUAAUCAAAGAUAGAUAUAACUCUGUAAUAGAUAUAUACUUUUCCUUAUAUUAUAGUAAAUUUUGUAACCACUGUAAAUUCACUGCCAUCUAUCGACAUACUUUAAAACUAAAAAUGGAGAUUUAUAAAAAUACGUUAAAAUGUAUUUAAAUAUGGAUAAAUGAUUUUUUUAUUUGUAUUAAUUAUUUUUAUAUGAUUUUGACCCAUAUUCUUUCACUGGUAUGCGUUAAAAUUAUAAAUAACAAACGAAACAGUCAACGCCCUCUAUACGAGUGUAGGCCAAAACUAGUGGCGCUAUCUGAUCGAAAAUCAAAUUUUCGUGAUUUUCGAGGCACGUUUUUUCCUUAGACUGUAUCCAUCGAUUACGGAGUUAUAUCUAUCUUUGAUAAGACUGCGAACGUUUAGAAUUUUAUUGUAACCUAAUAACCCUUUGGGUACGGAACCCUAAAAACCACCUGCCCGUCAUAAACUAGUUGUAAAAGGCAUUAUAAUGACAUAUGUAUAACUCGGUGUAACCCAGUGGCGAAGUAUUAGCCUCAUGCAUGAAGUUUAUAUUUGAACGAAAUAUGUUUUAUUCUGAUGUUUGUUACCGUUAUAUCAUGUUACAAAUGCAUUUCCGUUUUUAAAUUACCAUUUAAUUGCUUAAAAUUAUAAAUAAAAAGUACAAAAAUUUGCCCGCGAAAAGCUAGUGAGCGAAACGCUCGAAACGCCACGUGACGUCACGCGUUCGACAGAUUAGUGUCAUUAGUAGCAAACGUCAGUUGGGCCGCCCAACGUGUGACGUCAUCACGCUCUGUAGAAUCCGCGCCAAAAAUUAUGAGCGUUUCAACCGCUCAAAAAUUUUCAACAUUUUAAAUAUUUUUUAAUAAAAUAAUGUUAAGGUUUACAAAAGUAUUUUUAUCAUUUCCGGUGUUCCAACGAUAUAAAUUAUGAAUCCAAAAAUAAAAAUAAAUUCAUGCAUGGAGCUAAUUGUUGUAUUGUAUAUUGUAUAGUGUGGAAUUUUAACGACAUGGUUAUAUUAUGUGAAUUAUAUUUUGAACAUUC